AUGGCGCAGGCUGACACCGGCCAUCUUCUCCAAAGCCUGCGCCUGAGUUCCUCAAGUCAUGAAAAUGACAUCAACCACAAUGAAUCCUCCUCGUCAUCGUUGAACGACCUUUCUGGCGAGAUGCACAGCUCCUCCGACGGGUCUCCUGUAAUAUCCCGCCCAUCCUUCAAAAGCUCGGGUACAAGUCAAAACACCAUUCGCCCGACAGCGACCCCUCCCGUGAACAUACCGGCGACCAGUGAAUCUUCCACCGCAAUCAGAGACUCUGCGAGUCCUUCCAGCUAUAUAGAUCAAUUCGUGCGACGGCGGAAUCCCUCGGUCAGCUUCAACAAUGAGAUCAUCCUAGACUCGGGGCACCGGCAGAGCAUGCAAGAGCCGUUAGAAAAGCCGUCAAAGGCUCGAGAGCGUGGGCGCACCCUGUUCCAAGCCAUGGCAGACGCCCAGAAAUCGAAUAGGGCACACAGUGAGUCAGACAGGUCACACUAUGAUCCUGUCACAGGCCGGCACCUUCCGAAGUACUCGCAAAGCCCACCGAGAGAACAAGCCCGGGUUGGAGAGGGCCGCUUUCCUUUACUACAGACCACUGUGGAUGCUCUGGCGAGAGAAUCGCACCCAGACCUACGGCAUAGCAUGUCGAUGCUCUCUGACUCGGCGCUGUCUUCUGACGAGCAAGCCUUUCCCGCUCCGGAUGACGAGAGUUAUUUGCUAUCUCCCGCGGCAGCCUCGCCUCUCGCGGGCCAGGCAUUCUCCUUCGACGAACCUAAACCAUUCCGACGCACUGCGUCACAGAGGUGGCGAGAGGGGGACCCCAGCGCCUCCCCGCAAGAUUUCUUCGCGCGGGCGGGGAGUUUGCGUAACAAAAGUAUGCGAGACAUUGCAAGCCGGGCAUCUCGGCGGGAGACGUCGGGCUCUGCUACACGGUCACCUCGAUCAGCAGCCUCUUCGUAUCUGCGGGCAUUUUCGAUGAGCAGCGGGACGAAUGGGGAGGGAGCUGACGCAGGCCCCCUCCUCUGCGAUUCGGAGGGCCAGACUAUCGGGGAUGAUUACGUGUUAGGCAAGCAAAUUGGAUAUGGUGGCUUCAGCACGAUUAGGCAAGUGACACAACUUCAAGACAGUAAGCACCGCAUACUCGCUGUCAAGAUUGUCCGUCGCCAGAUCGAAGGUAAAAAUGAGACAGAGAAUGAGCAAGCUCAGGCUGAGUUCGAACACGAGGUUGAGCUAUGGCGGUUCCUCAACCAUCCCAACAUCCUCCCCCUUGAGGCAGUCUACAAACUGGAUGACGCGACUUUCUGCUUCAUUCCACUCAACACCGGCGGAACGCUCUUCGACCUUGUUCGAUCGAACCGCAAAGGAAUUCCGCAGGAGCUUUGCAAAAGCUAUUCCUACCAGCUCGCCUCCGCACUGCGUUAUCUUCACCUCGACGCGCGCGUUGUACACCGCGACGUCAAGCUGGAAAACUGUCUAAUAGAGCCCACCAGUGAUGGGGGUCCUGGCCUUCUGCGUCUUUGUGACUUUGGUAUGGCAGAGUGGCUCUCGACGGACAGCAUGUCUGGCCCGCCUAGCCCUGAGUUCAACGAUAUGGAUCGGCCUCCCCGGAAGCCUAUCGGCCCAGCUGACACCUCGACGUCUGCAUUCGCAGGUGGUAGCCUCGAGUAUGCCGCCCCGGAGAUCCUGCGUAUCGCGGAACGAGUCAAGGCUGAUAUCUCCGUCGAGCGUGCCAUUGUGUCGCCCGCGGUUGACAUCUGGGCUUACGGCGUCUGCGUCUACAGCAUGAUUGUAGGGUCGCGGCCGUUUCAGAAUUCCUUUCAACCUCGCGUAGUCAUGGCUAUUCUGGGUGGAGAUUGGAACCGUGCACUCCUUUCGGACAAAGGCGGAAGCGACGCUCACGAGCUGGUCAGUGGAUGUCUCGAGAUGGAUGAAGCCAUGCGCUGGGAUAUAACGCGAGUGAUUGAUUGUGCCUGGCUUGAAGAACUUGCAGGCCAAGAGGAGAACCAGCAGGGUAUGAAUGGUUGGCGCCUCUGA